AUGGCGGCCGCGGGGCUGUCAGGGGCGUUCGGUCGGACAGGCUGGAGGCUUCUGCAGCUGCGGUGCCGGCCUGUGUCCCGCCUGCCACCACCUCUCCUGCCAUGCACCUUCCAUGCGUCAGCAAUGCGGCUGAGGUCCUCAAAUGAGCAGAAGCAGCGAACUCCUCCGUUGCCUUCCUCGCAGCAACACUCUGAGACUCAGGGAGCAGAAGAACCUAGUGCAGAGUCUCUACGUUCACCCCCCAGGUACACAGACCAAGGUGGCGAGGAGGAGGAGGAUCAGGAGAGUGAGGAGCAGCUGCAGGACCGCAUCUUGACGGCAGCCCUGGAGUUCGUGCCUGCCCACGGGUGGACUGCAGAGGCCAUUGCAGAAGGAGCACGGUCUCUGGGUCUCUCCAGCGCGGCAGCCAGCAUGUUUGGGAAUGAUGGCAGUGAGCUGAUCCUGCACUUUGUGACCCAGUGCAAUGCUCGGCUCACCCGCGCGCUGGAAGAGGAGCAGAAGCUGGUGCAGCUGGGCCAGGCAGAGAAGAGGAAGACAGAUCAGUUCCUGAGGGAUGCAGUGGAAACCAGACUGAGAAUGCUGAUCCCGUACAUUGAACACUGGCCUCGGGCACUCAGCAUCCUCCUGCUUCCUCACAACAUCCCGCCCAGCCUGAACCUGCUCACAAGCAUGGUGGACGACAUGUGGCAUUACGCUGGGGACCAGUCCACAGAUUUUAACUGGUACACCCGUCGAGCUGUGCUGGCCGGCAUCUACAACACCACAGAGCUGGUCAUGAUGCAGGACUCCUCCCCAGACUUCAAGGACACUUGGCACUUCCUGGAAAACCGGAUUCAGGAUGCGAUGAACAUGGGCCACACUGCUAAGCAGGUCAAGUCUACUGGAGAGGCCCUGGUGCAAGGACUCAUGGGUGCAGCGGUGACACUCAAGAACUUGACAGGCUUAAACCAGCGCCGGUGA